UUGCGCGGGGUCCGAAGCCUUCCCAGCUUCCUUUGCGCGGCACCUGGUCACAAAAUGGCGGCCCGAGGGAGACGGGCGGAGCCUGCGGGCCGGGAGCCGUCGGGCCCCGCGGGCGGCGGCACUGGCGGAGGCGGCGGGAGCCGGUGGCCCGGGCCGGGUGGCGCCGGGGCCGAGUCCGGAGCGGGCUCGGGAGCCGGGGAAGAGGAGGAAGAUGCGGCGGCGGCGUCGGGCCCGGCCUCGGGGGGCGUGAACCUGUUCGCCAACGACGGCAGCUUCCUGGAGCUGUUCAAGCGGAAGAUGGAGGAGGAGGAGGAGCGGCGGCGGCAGCGGCAGCAGCAGCAGAGUCCGGAUGAACCGCCCGCGCCCCCAGGGGCCGCCGCCCCUGCCGCCGCCCCUGCUGGCGGCGGCGAGCCGAAGAAGAGGAGCGGGCCCGGCCCGGCGGCGCUCAGCUUCGUGGGCAAGCGGAGAGGCGGGAACAAGCUAGCCCUCAAGACAGGAAUAGUAGCCAAGAAGCAGAAGACGGAGGAUGAGGUUAUGACAAGUAAAGGAGACGCUUGGGCCAAGUACAUGGCGGAAGUGAAAAAAUACAAGGCACAUCAGUGCAGUGAUGAUGACAAAACCCGGCCCCUGGUGAAAUAACUCUUUCCGCCAAGGACUUUCUGCAUUGUACAUACUUAUUUAACGCAGCAAAAGAACAAUAGCAUUUUCACCAAGGACUCAAAACACAGAUGACAAACUUGUAGCUUUCUGGCGCCAGCGGAUGAUUCUUCAAGACUUUUUAUACCUUGAGCACUUGACUUCUGAGACUUAUUAGUAUGUGGUUUACUGUUUCUCUCGAUCUUUUUCCUCCCUAUUACCCUCCUUUCCAAUCCUUCAUCCACCCUUCCCUUUCUUCCUCAUCACUUCUGGGAAGUAAAGAACUCAACUAAAUAGUUGGAGGAUUUUUGUUUCUUCUUUUUUUUUUUUUAAUUAAAAAGACAGGUUAGGAAAUUGAGAAAUGACUUCUCCCUGAGUUGUACCCAAGUCCGGUGUUGGUGCUGCCAUCUUUUCUAGGGGUCUCUCUGAUUUGAUACGCUAAUGGUAUCUUUUGGGGAAAUCUUUGUCCUCGGGAUAUGGGAAGGGCUUGUCAGAAACAUCUCUUCUGGAGAUGGGGCCUAGUGGGUUUUGUUGGAGUUCUUAGUGGCUCCCCUUUUGUUUCAUCCUGUAAUAUAUUGGGCUCUGGUAGUGUGGGUGGUAGUGGCAGGUGGCACUGGACUUUGGAGCUCAAAGGAGUUUUGACAUGUUCCUCACUUUUUCUUUAGACUUCUCUCCUCUGCCCAAGGUUCCCCUGUGACAUUUGUCUGCCCUAGUCUUUUAUUUCUCCCUCCCUCCAGAUGUCCUUAUCUCCUUCUCUGGGACCCCUUUGAAUUCUUAUGACCUUUAAAGGGAGUUCCAACAUCAGAGACUUCUAUUGUAACUGGUUGGCCUGCUGUGAGGCCAGUAUCUGUGCCAACCCCUCACCUUCAGGGCAAGCAAGACUCUUCUAAAACUUAUUUUUUAAAAAAUAACUUGGUGUCCACGUGCCCUAAAUCCAAGUGUCCAUGUUUCCCUUUACCCUCAGCCCACAUCACACUUAAACCUCUGGCUUGUCCCAUUGCAUCCCCUUCACCAGUGUGAUGCUUUUGAGUAUGUAUUUUCCUCUGAAGGUUCUUGUCUAAGGCCAUGCUUCAGGGAUACCUCAAAUUUAACUUUCUGAUUUUUGCCUUUAUUGGAACUAUCCGCUUCAGCCUAUGUUUAGGUGCCUGGGGAAUUGUGGUGGGGCAAAUAUUUUCUGUGUGUUCUAUUGGGAAAAUGUUGAAGGGACAGUUCCUUUGACCCAGGGUGUCUCUUGCCCUUUGGCUAGGGAAAGUGAACCUGACUGGGAAGUGAAGACUGCCCUUUGCCUCUGAAUGAUGUUUCUCUAAUCCCAGUUUGAUGCCCUAGGUAGCUUUGGGAGCAAGUUUUGCCCCCAAAGGCUGGUUGGGGCUUUUGCUCCUUGUCCUUUUCCUUUUUCUUUCCUCAAAGGCCCCUUCUUCUCCCUCCCCUCUCCCAUAGCAUGGAUGGUGCUUGUCCCUGGACAGUGAGGUAAUGCUUCGGGAUGCAAGGGGUGGUAAGAGGUGUAAUAGGGGUGUAGUUCCUACUCUCCUGUGGUGCUGCUCUUCUUGUCUGAAUUUGGAGUAGCCACUGGUUACUUUUCCUUCUUCUGGCUCCCUUUCUCUACCCCCACACAUGUCCCUUUGUGUGGCUCCUUUUCCUUUCCCCAAGGAAUUAAUGUUUAAAAGUGCUGACUUUAAAUGAAAAUAAAAAAGUGACCUAA